AUGUCCGCGGCCCCUGAGGCCCCUGAGCCCCCGGAGGCCCCUGAGUGUACACGCUCCUCCACAAAGACAUCACAACUGCGCACGCGUCUGGGGCUUUGUGCUGGGGCUCGCGCGCUGUGCUGGGAGGGGGCACGGGGGAUCGGGGGGGGACCUCACGGGGGUACAGGGGGCGAACCACAUGGUGAUGGAGGAGGUGAUGGAGGAGAGGAUGAGGAGGUGCUGGAGGAGGUGCUGGAGGAGGUGAUGGAGGAGGUGAUGGAGGAGGUCCCUGUGAGUCAGUAUCUACAGGUCCCUGUGAGUCAGUAUCUACAGGUCCCUGUGAGUCAGUAUCUACAGGUCCCUGUGAGUCAGUAUCUAGAGGUCCCUGUGAGUCAGUAUCUACAGGUCCCUGUGAGUCAGUAUCUAGAGGUCCCUGUGAGUCAGUAUCUAGAGGUCCCUGUGAGUCAGUAUCUAGAGGUCCCUGUGAGUCAGUAUCUAGAGGUCCCUGUGAGUCAGUAUCUAGAGGUCCCUGUGAGUCAGUAUCUACAGGUCCCUGUGAGUCAGUAUCUACAGGUCCCUGUGAGUCAGUAUCUAGAGGUCCCUGUGAGUCAGUAUCUAGAGGUCCCUGUGAGUCAGUAUCUAGAGGUCCCUGUGAGUCAGUAUCUAGAGGUCCCUUAUCUAGAGGUCCCUGUGAGUCAGUAUCUAGAGGUCCCUGUGAGUCAGUAUCUAGAGGUCCCUGUGAGUCAGUAUCUAGAGGUCCCUGUGAGUCAGUAUCUACAGGUCCCUGUGAGUCAGUAUCUAGAGGUCCCUGUGAGUCAGUAUCUACAGGUCCCUGUGAGUCAGUAUCUACAGGUCCCUGUGUUAUAA